AUGCUAAGAGGACUCGCAAAGGCUGCGCGAGGGAGCAACACGCGAGGCGUAGGCACGCGGCACGCGGCACGCGGGAGUUGCGUGACCACGUGCGCGGGAACAGAAAGCGCGAGACAAGGUCGCGACAAUGACGCGACGAGAGGUUCGCGGUGGGAGGCUCACAAGCGGCGCAAGCGUAAGAAUGGAGGAUGGCGCGAAGAACCUGAUCGGCGGCGCCGUGAGCGAGACGGGGUCGGUGUAAGAGUCAACCGCGGGCAGGUGAAGGAACCGGGUGGUGCGCAAGGGGAGGAUCACGCACCGCGACCGGCCACGGACGAGCAGUGGGGAUCAACGCGCGAUCCACGCACGCGACGACCAAAGGCACGCGAGGAAUACGCUUGCGAAGAGGUCGCAUCCACGCGCAACGCGUACAGGCACGCGGGCGGGUGCGGCAAUGCGCGAAGGACAGCUGGCGGGUGCAUGGGGCGCGACGCGCGAGGACUGGCGAGCAUGAGUCCCCGAAGGACUAGGAGUACCACGCCGCCUAGGGAUGAACAACGCGACUUGGGGCGCAAGGCAGAAAACGCGUGGGACGCGUGGGGCGCGAUAGAGCCCAUAACCUCGAAGGACAAGGACUAG